AUGCAAUCACCGACGAUUGCACCGCCAGAGGCAAUGGCGGAUGCACCCGCAAAGGGGAACGCUCCCACGAAAGCACAAAUAAAACAGUCGAUGUUCAUCAAGUGUCUGAAUGGCUUCCAACUUGAAAACAAGAUCGAGAGCCUCGAGCAGCUCGACGAUGGCAUCGUCUUCUCCGAGAUCCUGCGGGACUUGGACCCGGAGAUCUCUUUACCUACACUCACGAUACCUGCAGUUAAAUGGGUUGACAAGACGGCAAACCUGGAGGCUGUGUUUAAAGCUCUGGACAAAUAUCUUUAUGGCAUGCCGGAUCUCGAAUGGCUAGCUCGCUCGUACGACCCUCGAAAGAUUGCUAGGAAUUUCGAGGAUGUCAAUGGUCUCUGUGAAGUUGCUACAGUCAUCAUCUAUGCUUCGGUCAAGGGGCCCCACGUUGGGAGGCUAGUGCCAGCCAUGCGGGCAAAUAUGUCGGAGACUGAGUCUGCGUUACUGAUGCAGAUUCUCGAGGCAAAGGACAAGGAGAACCGAGCUAUGGCUUCCUCGAAUAAAGCUGGUACCGCGCCCAAGAAAUCACUCGACACAACCGAUUCAACUCGUGAUCUCGAGUUGCAGAUGGAGGAGGAUCGGGCAAGAAUGCUCAUGCUUCAAAAGCAGAACGCAGAUCUGAAUACGCGGCUGGAUCAUGCCCAGCUAGCCUGCGAGGAUCUGAAAGAUCGCAAUGCUGCUCUCCUGGGCGAGCUGGAUGAUGCGCGCAAGUCUCAGUCUGGCAACGCAGAUGCUCGUAUCAAGUACCUCGAGAACCACAUUCGGGAACUCGAUGAGCUCAUUGCUACCCAGGAGAUGACAAUAAGCGAGGACAAGGAGGCACUUGCUCGGUGCAGGAACGAAAUAGCUCAGCUCUCCAAGACGGCAGAAAAGGCGCAAUCUUUAGAGGACGAAGUCAAGGUAUUGACGAACGAGAACGCCGAACUGUCCAAGAAAGCCAACGUUGCUGCGAGGUACAAGGAUAAGCUCGAGAGACUAAAACACUCCGAGAAGGACAUCGAGACCCUCAACUAUGUGAUAUCAGGGCUGGAAGAUAAGGUGAAAAUUCUCGAGAAGGAGCAACUUCGCGCGGAGGCGCAGGAAAAGAUCAUCGGCAACUACCGCGAGUGGCAGCAACGGCAUGAGACGGACCUCAACGAUAUGCGCGAGCAGAAGAACAUGCUUGCCGACCAACUGGCUCACCGGACCCAAGAGCUUCAGCGCUUGCUUGACCAAAGAGCUCUCGACGAGUCGCUGAUCAACGAACUGAGAGAGCAGAUUGCAGGUACCGGUGACGUUCCCUUGUCGCAAAGCCCAGAACUUGGAGCACAGCGAGAUGAGUCACAGCACGAGGUUGCAGCUCUCAAGUUGGAGAUUCAAAAGAUAAAGGCAGAGAACAACUUGCUGCGGAACAACAUGGGCAUAGCAUCUGCCACGGACCAGCUGCGUGCAGAACUCGAGGCGUCCAAGCGAAACGAGGCUAGGCUCACGGACAAGCUGCAUGAAGUGCGCAAGGACUACGCCGUAGCUCAAGAUCAGCUUCAGGGGCUACUCAACAACACAACCGACGAAGGGUAUGUUCGCAUCAUGGACAAGGCCAAGGAUCCGCUCUUUCUCAUCAACCUCGAUGCUAAUGAAUACAGGAGCCAACUCUUCCGCGAUUUACAACGGACAAUGUUCCAGUCUCGCCAAGAUCGGGACAAGGCCCAGGAGCAAGCGCGGAAGCUCGAGGCCGAAGUCAAGGACAGGGACCGCGAGCUCCUGGCCCUCAAGACAGAUUACAAGGUUGCUACCCAGAGUUCGGUCGAUGCGCUCGAGGAGCUCAAAAAGACCGACCAGCUCAUCUCGAACUCGUUACGUGACGAGCUCGACAGCCUUCGUACUGCAUUUGAUUCUCUCAAGCUUGACACCCAGGAGCAGCAAAAGCAGCUCAUCGAGGCGCUCGUAUCGCGCGAAAAGCUGCGCAAGCAACUUGAGGAUGCCGGCAACGGCGCACAGCAACCUGCUGCCGAAGGCCUGGCUGGGCUAGACAGGGACGCCAGCAACGAGCUGAUGCAGAAGCAGGCCGAGAAGCUUGAGAAACUCAAGGAGAAGUGCCAAUCUCUGCUCGCGCAACUACAAAAGAACGAACAAGAGCGGUAUGAUCUGCAACGACGCCUCAAGGCAGCCGAGGGCGGCGAAGCAUACGCUUCACUCAAGGCCGCUACCGACCAGAUAAUCAAGAACCUCCAGCGCGAGAACGCAAUGAUUUCAACGGCGUGGUACGAUCUCACUAGCCGACUGCAAAGCAAUCAUGUCGUGUUGCAGAGGAGGCAGGACAUGCCCAAGAGCUGGCUGAAUAAGCAGAGGCAGAUGGUCAAUGCAACACCAAGAAGAUAG